AUGGAUCCGUACAGCAAUGUUGCAGAGUAUGAAGACGAUGUACGGAUGUGGCCGAGUGUGAAUUACACAGACAUUGUGAAUUACCAGGUGUUAACUACUAGCUUCGUCACUGAGGACACUGGAGAGGGUGAGGAUCAGCGAGUUGAAGAGAGAGAGCCAGGAGAGGAAGAGAAGGAAAGAACUGAGCCAGUAGAGGAAGAGAAGGGAAGAGCAGAGCCAGUAGAGGAAGAAAAGGGAAGAACUGAGUCAGGAAAGGAAGAUAUAACAGAAUCAGGAGAUAAAGAUAGGGAAAUAACAGGUGAAGAUCAAGAAACUCCAAGUACAAGUUUGUCCAUCCAUGAUCCGGCAAGCUAUAAAAACAAAAGUUCCUACACAGAUGAGGAGAAAAAGAACAUUCUUCAGGGUAGAUGGAGUAGGGACCAGAGAAACAUUGCUUUCCGUGGGAACUGGAAGAAUGAUAGUAGUGAAGAUGGCAAUUUCAUGCACUUUAUCCAGUGGAAAGCGCAGUUUGAUGACAUCCUUAAACAGCACCUGGAGACUGCACCUGCAAAUGCGAAGUACCUGUCAGCAAAAAUACAAAAUGAAAUGAUCACAUGCUGUGGAGAAGAAAUCCGUGACAGUAUUGUUGCUAAAAUCCAGGAAUCAAAAUAUUUCACAGUAUUGGCAGAUGAAACAUCAGACAUAAGCGGGACGGAGCAGUUGUCAAUCUGCAUACGUUAUGUAACUGCUGAUUUUGACAUCAAUGAGGAUUUCCUAGGAUUUUGUCCACUUCUCAAGCAGGACUCCGCAUCAAUCACGCAGACCAUCAUUGCGCAGCUGGAGAAAUGGGGGCUUCCUCUCUCUUUUCUGCGGGGACAGGGGUAUGAUGGGGCAAGUAAUAUGAGUGGCAAGGUAAGUGGGGUGCAGAAGAGGAUACAGGAGCUUCAACCACGGGCCUUGUACACUCAUUGUCGUAGCCAUGCCCUAAACCUUGUUGUGGUUCAUGGAUGCUCAGAUGUUCCAAUUGUACGAAACACAAUGGCCUUCAUUGAGAAGGUGGCUGUGUUUUUCUCAGCAGGAAUGAGCAAGCAUAAGCUCCAAGAUGUGCUUCAAGAAGAGGGAGGUGAUGGACCUAGUAGAAUACCUCUGAUGUCUGACACAAGAUGGGGGUCCAGGAUAAAAACAGUCUAUGCUUUUCUGUCACAACUUGGGCCAACUCACAGGGCACUGCAAGAGAUGGAAAGCGACUGCACCCACAACUCGGAAAAAGCCAGCAGGUUGCUGAAAACCAUGGAAUCCUUUGACACAGUCGUCACUUCAGUGGUUGCACAAAGUGUUCUCGGGUACAUAUGGCCACUAACAAUAAAACUGCAGUCACCCAAAGUAGAUCUCUUAAUGGCCUACAAAGAAAGGAGAGAAGUUGCUGAAGUUAUUGAGAGCCUCCGCAAUGACGGCUUCAGCAAAAUUUACGAAAAAGCAGUGCAGCUGGCAGACACCAUUGGUGUUACUCCUGUGAAAAAAAGAAUAGCGGGAAAACAGCAACACAGGGGAAACGCACCUGCAGAGUCAAUUGAGGACCACUACAGGGUUAAUUUAUUUCUGCCCUUCAUUGACCAUGUCACCACAGAAUUGAGGACCAGGUUUGCCAAGUCCACUGAGCCUGCCCUGCUUGCAGCCCUCUUGGUGCCAACGGAAUUGCCACAGCUAAGUGAGGAGAGAGAGGACCAUUUACUGCUGAGGUAUAAAGAAGACUUGCCUUUUCCUGACACUGCAAAGCAGGAAAUACACAAAUGGAAACAUCACUUCCAGAAUCACGCUGGGAACCUCCCUGCAACUGCAAAGGAGACAUUGCAAAGUGGAUUUUUGGGAUUUUAUCCAAACAUUCAGCAGAUGCUAUCACUGUACUUGACACUGCCAGUAACCACAUGCUCGUGUGAAAGGUCCUUUUCUUCAUUACGGCGACUUAAAACAUGGCUUCGCUCGACCAUGGGUGAUGAGAGGCUAUCUGGUCUUGCGCUCAUGCAUGUCCACCAGAACAAUAUUGCAAUUGAUCCCAAACGAGUGCUCCAUAGAUGGGACGCCUCUGACCACAGAAGGAUUGUCAGCUGUUUUGACAAAAGGUGA